ACGCGUAAAAUAUACACGUUUUCUGGUUUCCUGGGCAAACCUCAUUCUGUCUUCUGUCUUUCCCUGAUUUAAACAAUUAUAUGUUUUGAAGUGCUUGCUGUCCAUAAGUCCAAGUAUGUCAAGCUGUAAAAGAUCACAGCCGGAGUGGAAGUUGCCCAGCGAAGUUGGAAAAUCAAAAUUAAAGUUAUAUAACAGUCUAACAAGGCAGAAGGAAUUCUUCAUACCUCAGUUUGGGAACAAAGUUCUGUGGUACAGUUGUGGACCAACUGUAUAUGAUGCUGCUCAUAUGGGACAUGCUAGGUCUUAUAUUUCCUUUGAUAUCCUUCGAAGAGUUUUAGCAGAUUAUUUUCGAUACGAUGUGAUUUAUGUUAUGAAUAUUACGGACAUUGAUGACAAGAUCAUUCGAAGAGCACGGCAGACUCACCUUUUUGAACAAUAUAAAAGCACUUGCUCACUUGAACAACUCCUUCAAGAUGUUGAAACUGCUCUUAUUCACUUUGAAGACAAUGUAAUUCCAACAGUUGAGGAUGCUGACAAAAAGAAAAUGCUUGAAAAUAUGAUUAAAAAGACUAAAGAAGCAGUAGACAAUUCUAAGCAUGGCGAUGUUAACAAUUCAGAGGUUAUUGCAAAUCUUUUGAGUGGAAGUAAAGAUGUUUUGAGUGAAUGGUUGGACGAACUUAAAGGAAAAGAUGUCAAAGACAAUUCAAUAUUUUAUGAUUUACCAGCUAGGUGGGAAGAAGCUUUCUAUGAAGAUAUGGAUGCGUUGAAUGUUUUACAGCCAGAUGCAGUAACUCGUGUGAGUGAAUACAUUCAAGAAAUUAUAUUAUAUGUUCAAAAAAUAAUACAAAAUGGUUUAGCGUAUGAAUCAAAUGGCUCAGUAUAUUUUGAUACUAUAAAAUUUGAUCAGAUGCCCGGUCAUUUCUACGCAAAAUUAGUUCCUGAAGCUUUUGGUGAUUUAAAAAAGCUUCACGAAGGUGAAGGUGACCUAAGCAUAUCCAAUGAAAAACUUAGUGAAAAAAAGAGCUCUAGUGAUUUUGCACUCUGGAAAUCUUCAAAACCUGGUGAACCAUCUUGGAAUUCUCCUUGGGGAAAUGGAAGACCUGGAUGGCAUAUUGAAUGCUCAGUUAUGGCCAGUGAAAUUCUUGGAGAAUCAUUGGAUAUUCAUACAGGUGGUUUUGAUUUGAAGUUUCCUCAUCAUGAUAAUGAAUUGGCUCAAGCAGAGGCAUAUUAUGACAAUGAUCACUGGGUUCGCUAUUUUCUGCACUCUGGACAUUUGACGAUAUCUAAUUGCAAGAUGUCUAAAUCCCUGAAGAAUUUCAUCACGAUAAAGGCUGCUUUGAAGGAGCACACAGCUCGUCAAAUAAGGCUUGCGUUCCUCCUUCAUUCGUGGAAAGAUACUCUCGACUAUAGCCCAAAGACGUUAGACAUUGCUCUGCAUUAUGAAAAGCUCAUAAUGGAAUUCAUUUUGAAUGUCAAAGAUUGUGUUAGAGAUGUUCCAAAAUUUGGUAGAGCAGCUUUUCAAAAGUGGAAUCUCGAAGAAAGACAACUACAAGCUUUAUUUUUGGAAAAGAAAGAAGGUGUUCAUGAAGCGUUGUGUGAUAAUGUUGAUACAAGAAGUGCGCUUGAUAAUAUCCAUGAACUUAUAACUGAGUCCAAUAAAUAUGUCAAGUCUAAGUUAGCAAGUCAUUCUUUGUGUAAUCGUAAACUUUUGUCCAGUAUUAUGCAGUACAUCACAAAAAUUUUAAAGAUUUUUGGUGCAGAUUUUGGCGAUUCAUCUUCCGAGUACAGAAUUUCUGAUGCAUCAGGGGUUGAAGUUAACGAAGAAGCACUUAUGCCAUAUUUACGAGUUCUUUCUGAUUUUCGAGAAAAUGUGCGGCAGAAGGCUAAAGAAAGUGGUGCUAUUCCAGUACUGAAACUCUGUGAUGAACUACGAGAUGAUAUUUUACCUAAGCAUGGUGUUAGGUUAGAGGACCAGAGUCAAGGCCAGAAAGCUGCAAUCAAACUUGUCGAUCCUGAAAUUCUUGCCCGAGAACAAGAACAGAAAAUGAAAAUGGAAAUGGAGAAGAAAUUGGAAAAAGAAAGGAAAAUGCAAGAACUAGCUGCAGCUAAAGCAGAAAAAGAUGCAAAAAAGAAAAUUCUUCCCUCCGAGUUGUUUAAAUCUAUGACUGACAAAUACUCACAGUUCGAUGAAAAGGGAAUACCUACUCAUGAUGCAGAAGGCAAAAAAUUGAGUGAAAGUCAAAUGAAAAAGGUUAUGAAACUAUACGCACAGCAAGAAAAGAACUAUAAUUCCUACUUAAGAACUCUUGCUACAUCCUGAAAAUGAAAUAAAAUUUAUGAAAUACAUAAAUAGGUUUAUAAUAUUCUCAACAAUAAAGCUCUAAUCGAAAUAUUUCUGUAUGAAGCAAUUGAUAAUUACUUAAAGCAAAUGGACCUAUUGUAUAAUGUUUUGUUAUUUUCUUUAAUAUUUGCACAGCUGGCUCAUACUACUGAAUUUUCUGAGGUUCAUCAGAAAACUCUUUUUUUUUUUUUUUUUAAUUUGGUCAUAUAAAUAUUUAAGCAUUUUAAACUUUUUACUUUUUCUAUUACAAUCAC